UCUUAUACAAACCAAUAAAAUUUAUUAAGAAAAAGAGAGAACCAAAAUCGAAGAGGUAAAAAUAGCGCGAGGCUAACAAAAAUUCCUGAGACAGCCUUAAAUCCUGCAACGUGUUAUGGUAGUAAAUAACAAUUUGGCUGCAGAUGUAAACUGGGAGGGAUCGUGCAAAAUCAAGGCAUUAUUUAAUGGACCCACAUAUAUGGAUUUGUAGACAGCAGAAAAAAGAUGGCGCAGGAAGAUGAAAGCUCAAAUUCGAGGCUUAUUACAGCAGAGGCCUCGUUUCCCUUCUCAAUGAAAAUAGUCUGCGGUCUUCUCAAAUACGUGAAUGAUUUUGCGAGGAAGAAAGAUGGCACAUUUAACCGCGGGCUCAUGAAUUUUGUGGAAUACAAGGUAGCAGCUAACCCUGAGCCCAAUCGCGGGGUUUACACCAAAGACGUAGUAAUUGACUUGCACACAGGUGUGUGGGUGCGGAUCUUUGUUCCUGAGGAGAUCGCUGGUUCGAACCACCAAGAAGAAGACGAAUUAUUGCCGAUCGUUUUCUAUUUUCACGGCGGGGGUUUUGCCUCACUUACGCCCGAUUUUCUCUUGUAUGAUGUGUUUUGUAGACGAAUGGCGAGGAGACGGAGAGUGAUUGUGGUAUCGGUGGGUUACAGAAGGGCUCCUGAGAACAAGUAUCCGGUUGCUUAUGAGGAUUCUUUUGCGGUUGUUAAGUGGGCGGGGAGUGCGGACGGAAGGAACAAUCUUCCCGCUAAGGCCGACUUCUCUAAGUGUUUUCUCAUGGGUGACAGCGCUGGGGCCAAUAUUGUUCACCAUCUCGCUUGCAGGAUUGCUGCAUCUGGUGAAGAAAUUAGCCCUAUGAAAGUAGUGGGCAAUGUGCUGAUACAGCCAUUCUUUGGUGGGGAGGAAAGGACCCCCUCUGAAUUGAGGCUUGUUGGGGCACCAAUUGUUUCAAUUGAGAAUUCGGAUUGGCAUUGGAAGGCCUUCCUUCCAGAGGGUGCUAACAGGGACCACCCUGCAGCCAAUGUGUUUGGGCCCAAUGCUCCCGAUAUAUCCAACCUUACUUUACCUCCCUUCUUGGUGGUGGUGGGAGGUCAUGACCCACUACAAGAUUGGCAGCUCAGAUAUGUGGAUAAUCUCACGAAGAUUAAGAAGGAAGUGGAGCUUCUUUUCUAUGGAGAAGCAGUCCAUACAUUUCAUCUUUUUUUCCAGAUCCCUGGGUCUUCAAAGUUCAUCUCUGAUCUCAAUGCUUUCUUCAGAAAAUGUGGAAAAUAAAUGGUUUUUUCAUUAAGCAACACCUUUGGUGCUGUGUGGAGCUUCUUUCCUAUGGAGAUGCAGUCCAUACAUUUCAUCUUUUUUUCCAGAUUCCUGGGUCUUCAAAGUUCUCUGAUCUCAAUGCUUUCUUCAGAAAAUGUGGAAAAUAAAUGGUUUUUUCAUCAAGCAACACUUUUGGUGCUGUGUGUGGAUAUGUAUGGAUGAACUGGAUUGCUUGAUUAAGAAAAGAGAACUUUCAGGCUGUGAAAUGUUCCAUUCUUAGCUUUUGCCGAUUUUAUCUUUGUAAAUAUUUCCUUCCGUGAAGCUUGUUAUCAAUGUAGAUGCAGUCCAUAAAUUUCAUGAUUUUUUUUCUAGA